UUUAUUUUAGUUUCAACCUUUCAAAACGCUUAGGGUUAGAUUUUUGGUAGGAAAAAAAGAGUCGAGAAAAAGGCACUACUUCACAGUACCAUCACCAUCACAGCCGACCUGCGCAGAGGGGGCGUAAGUUAAAAAAAGAAAACAGUCGUUGAAAACGGCUAUUGGCCGCCUGCUGCCCUAACAACCGAAGACAAGCCUAUCCCGAAGAACAUGCCCGGAGGGUCCAGCCAAUGAGACGCGCCCGCAGCCCGCCCCUCUCUUCUGUGAUUGGGCUACACUCGCGUCUUUCAAAGGGCGGUUGAAUCCGGAGCCAAUUACCGCGAAGGGCCUCCCCCUCCCUCGGAGACUUUCUAUUGGCGGGAGGGGUUUUGCCACGCGAGCGGGGCGCUCUUGCUGAUUGGUCAUCGCGGCGGCGGGCCUCACCGCCCCGCGGCUGGUGUCGGAACUGAAGGGGCUUUUUUUUUUUUUUUUGCAGAAGAGCGUGGGAGGCCAUGUUGGUGUUGUGUGUGGAGCCGCGACGGUUUCUCUCCGCGGGUUAAAGGAAUCCUAGCCGAGCACCGGCGGGGAAAUACGCCCUUUUUUUUUCUAGUUUUGAAAUAUUUUUUUUUGGUCCCCUUCUGGCGCCGCGCACAGCCGGCCCAGGGCGGCCAGACCACCCCGCUGUGGCCGAGGUCGCGAUGAGAAAGGGAGGAGAGGGGUCUCGGAGGAGAGACGGGGCCAGGCGCGCAUAGGGCUGUGCCUGGGAGCCGGCGUCCAGCCCUUGGGCGAUCCCCGGCUGCUGUGUGCGCCGCUUUCUCUCCGCAAGGCCUCACCCUGCACUUAACCCGGCCAUGGUGCGCCGCUUUGUUUUGGCCUGAACCAGGAAGGCUGCUUCUCCUCUUCCUCCUUUUUUUUAAAUGGUUUCAUUUUUCUUUGCACCACCGAGACACGCUCUUAAUGCUCGGCCCCGGGCGCGUUUUGACGACCCCCGCCCUCCGCCUUUUAAACGAUGGUCGUGACUAGAGGGUACGCUAUCGAGCGGGUCGCUGGCCUCCCCCGCCUGACGUAACACCCCUCCUCCUCCUCCUCCUCAUCCUCCCCGGCCGCCCGGCGCGACGUCUGCGGCCACGGUGGAGCCCGCAGGUUCAGACCCGGAGGAGAAGGAGCUGGGGGCGAUGGCCUGGGUCCUGAAGAUGGACGAUGCCGCCAUCGAGUCCGGCCUGGUGCACGACUUCGACUCCAGUCUUUCCGGGAUCGGGCAAGAACUGGGGGCUGGCGCCUACAGCAUGAGUGAUGUCCUGGCACUGCCUAUAUUCAAGCAGGAAGAUGCAAACCUUCCCCCGGAAAAUGAGACCAAAAACCCUCCAUUCCAGUACGUGCUGUGUGCCUCCACCUCUCCUGCCAUCAAACUGCAUGACGAAACGCUCACCUACCUUAACCAAGGUCAGUCUUAUGAAAUCCGAAUGCUCGACAACCGGAAGGUGGGGGACUUGCCAGAACUCAACAAUAAGACUGUAAAGAGCAUAGUCCGAGUGGUUUUCCACGAUCGCAGACUGCAGUACAUGGAGCACCAGCAGCUGGAGGGCUGGAGGUGGAACCGCCCCGGAGACCGGCUCCUGGACAUCGAUAUCCCAAUGUCUGUCGGCAUUAUCGACCCGAGAACGAACCCCACUCAGCUCAACGCUGCAGAGUUCCUGUGGGACCUCUCGAAGCGCGCUUCAGUCUUUGUCCAGGUGCACUGCAUUAGCACAGAGUUUACUCCCAGGAAGCAUGGUGGGGAAAAGGGCGUGCCUUUUCGGAUUCAAAUCGACACUUUCAAGCAGAACGAGAGUGGAGAGUACACCGAUCACCUUCACUCUGCCAGCUGCCAAAUCAAGGUUUUUAAGCCAAAAGGAGCGGACAGGAAGCAGAAAACCGACCGAGAAAAGAUGGAGAAGAGGACAGCACAGGAGAAAGAAAAGUACCAGCCUUCAUAUGACACAACCAUCCUGUCUGAGAUGAGGCUUGAGCCUAUAAUAGAAGAAGCAGUUGAACAUGAACAGAAAAAGUCCAGCAAGCGGACUUUGCCCGCAGACUGUGGCGAUUCUCUGGCAAAGCGAGGCAGUUGUUCGCCUUGGCCAGACAAUGCUUACGUGAAUAACAGCCCGACAGCUUCUCCAGCAUUUACCUCGACAGCACACAACACUUACACUGUCCCAGACAGUAAUUCUUCAUCACCAAAUCAUCAGGGAGAUGUGACUGGCCACGUUGCUAUGGAACAACUUAGUCCUACAGCCUCUAUACAAGAAAGUCAGCAGUGGCUACACAAGAAUAGAUUUGCUGCGUACACUAGGUUAUUUUUAAACUUCUCAGGAUCUGAUUUGCUUAAAUUGACACGAGAGGAUCUGGUUCAAAUUUGUGGCCCAGCUGAUGGGAUUCGACUGUUUAAUGCACUUAAAUCAAGGUCUAUCAGGCCUCGGUUAACAGUCUAUGUGUGUCAGGAAACACCUCAGACUAAAAGGCCUUCGCUGCUGGAUAGCUGUCAUGAGACUGAAAAUGGGGAACACAGCAAUAGUGCAAUAUAUGUGUAUCAUGCCCUCUACUUAGAGGAGAUGACUGCACGUGAGCUAACAAGAAAAAUUGCCUCCGUCUUCAACAUCUCCCCCAGUCAGAUCAAUCAUGUUUAUAGGCAGGGUCCGACAGGCAUACACAUUCUCCUCAGUGAUCAGAUGGUAUACAAUAUUCCAGAUGAAAGCUGCUUUUCAGUCAGCACAUUAAAAGCUGAAAAUGGCGAAGGGUACCAUGUCAUCUUAAAAUGAAAAGAGUGCCAUGACGUUUUUACGAGCUGGAGGAAGAUUUUCUUCUUUUGCGAGUGUACCAUCGCACAUCGUUACAGGAAUCACUGAGCAAAUCCAAGUAAAUGUUAGAAUCUGACUUCAGUGUAUAAAUUGUUUCAUAUUGAAAACACAAUUAUGGGGGAAGGGGAUGGGCUGUUUGGGAAGGGGUUAGAGAGCGAAGCCUGUUUCCCCACCUCUGCCUCCUCUCCCCGAUCUCGCAGCGCCUGCUUAAUGCUGCAGCUUCUUCAUUCCAGCUUGGAAGACGCCUCCACCACGACGAAGUAAACGAUGCACAGCCUUAAACUGAAUCAGGCAAAUACAAGGCCAGUACUGAAAUAUAUUGUGUACUACUAUAUCUAUUGUGUAACUUGAAUAUAUAGAAAAAAAUAUUGUUCUAUUGCUGUUGUACUGGGAAUGGACUGAAAUGAACUGUAGAAAACUGCUUCCUGGCUGCGCAGAGAGUUCGUGAGAUGAUAACGGGUUUCUUUAGAGAGAAUUUUUCUUUAUGCAUCCUGAUUGCAAAGGGACCCCCCAUUUUAUUCUGGACAGCUACAGCUGUCGAGUCUCUUACUUUGGGGUUUUGUUUUCUUGCAAUAGAUUUGUUAACCUUUCCUCGAAACGAGUCUUUCAGAUUUUUUUUUUUGGGGGGGCGAGAAGGUUAUUAAGACGACGUGCUCUUAACCAGACCUAUUAGGUUUCGAUGGGGACUCCUCGAAGACUCAGGAUUCGGUUGCGGAGACCGCUCGACUCUGAUGGGGGGGGAGAGGGGCUUCUGCUGAAAGAUCUUGUGAACAGUGCAGGUAACAGGCGGGAACACGAGGGCAUUGCUUUCCAGGUGUCCCGUAAGGCUGAGUUACCUGGAAAUACGCAAAGCCUGUGACAAAACAAAUUGCAUAUAAAAGCAAACUGUUGCAUAUUAUGCUAUGAGGCUGUUAUUUUGUUAUUUUGUUUUAGAUCGUUUUGAUUUGGGGCUUCCUGAUGUGCCUCAUUUUUUUUUUUUGUGCCAUUCAAAUGUUAGGUUGCACCUGUAUGCACGUAGCACACAGGUUACCUGUGAAGUGUCUUCUUGCGAGCCAUGUCAUCGAAAAACCACCAGGAGCCUCCAGUUUGUAUUCACUGUAAGGCACAUCACUGUGGUUUUGUGGGGGGGGUUUAAUCAAAACUUACAGCAAUUUUCAUAUCAUUAUUCCCCCCACUCCCUGUGGCAUGAAUAAUGUGAUUUGUUCAUGGAGAUAUGUCAGAGUCAGAACUGGCAGAAAACCGUAAAUGGACACAUCUGAAAACUGCUUCACCUUUAUGCUUAUUUAAUAUUAUCCUUGAGAGCAAGGGCCUUUCCUCUUGACCUCACAGGCCCUGCAGUUCUCACACUGCCACACUGACUAGAGCACGGAACAGUUGCCGAUGUUUAGCUACUCAAUCACAGUAAACACUGAAAAAUACAGUAAUCUUGAAGUACUCAAGUUGGGGAAAGUGUUUUUUCAGCUUAUUCAAGCCGGUGGUCCGUCAAAGCAUUUCGUAAGAGUUAACUGGUGCCACCUUUGGCUGACUAGUUUCUGGUCCCGUUUUUGCUUGUUUUUUUUUUUUUCAUUUUAGCUUGCAUGUUUUUUUUUUUGUGUUUUCUAGUUGUCUUAAUUAGAGGCCCUGAUGGUUCUUGAAUCCUAAAGGGAAAUAUUUUAAGUUGACUUUUUAAGAAAUGUUUAAUUUUCUUUUCAUUGCAAUCAAGAUGUUAUGCUUUCUGCUGGUCAUAGGACAGAAUUCUUAGUUUGUCAUGUUGCUUUAUGUCUUGAAAGGCUCUGUAUGGCAUGUCUUUUGUUUGCCAUUAAUUAUUAGGGCAUGAGGGAAAGGUGGGGGGGUACGACUUUCUUAAAGUUUAACAAUUGUCUUUCUGCACUGAAACAAACCUGUGCAGGGUUGUAUGAGAAUCAGCAAUGCAUUCGUUGGUACUUUUCAUAUUCUACUGUAAUAAAAAAAACUUAAAAAUGA